AAAGUGUCCAUGAAGCUUCUUAUCGACACAAAGAAUCAGAAAGUUCUCUUUGCUGAAGCUUCAAAAGCUGUGGUUGACUUUCUUUUCAACUUGCUAUGCUUGCCAAUCGGCACUGUUGUGAAGCUACUAAGCGCAAAUGGCAUGGUUGGUAGCUUAGGGAAUCUGUAUGAGAGUGUUGAAAACCUCAAUCAGAAUUGCAUGCUACCAGAACAAACGAAGGAUGUUCUCUUAAACCCAAGAGCUCAAAGCUCGUCAACUGAAAUCGCAGGAUUCCUUACUCAGAACAAUGCCAAUGACGACACAGGAACUAAAUUAUACAUGUGCCCAAAUAGAUGUUUUCAUGUGACUUAUGAUAAAACAACUCGAUGCCCUUCACAUCACUUGACUUAUAUGACCUAUGAAGUAGCUGUUGUCGGAAAUAGGGUUGCUGAAAAUAAAGUUUCCAAUAUUAAGGGUGGGUUUGUGAAAGAUGUCAUAACUUUCAUGGUUAUGGAUGAUUUGGUCAUUCAGCCCAUGUCAACUAUAUCUAGCAUCACACUGCUCAACAAGUUUAAUGUGAAAGAGAUUGGUACUCUGCAAGAAAAAGUGGUUGAGAUGGGGAUGGAUGAGGGAAUCAAGUUGCUGAAGGCUUCUCUGCAAUCCAAGAUGGUCUUGACAAGUGUUUUUCUCAAGAAGCGAAAUUGAUAAGAGAGGAAGAACAAGACGGAUCUUUUAAUUCAUCUUCAAAAUGU